AAUGAAUCGCUUGUAUACCUGACCCGUAUCGAGACGUUUAGUUCAGCCCAUAGUAUGAACAGUCGACUACUGGAUCAGCAAACAAAUGUGAAAACUUUCGGUAAAUGUAAUCAAAUUCACGGCCAUAACUAUCGGAUAGAGUUGACUGUUAAGGGAUCAGUAGAUCCCGUAACCGGUUUUCUGAUGAAUAUCAAUGAACUUAAGGAACUGAUGGACGAGACUAUAUUGAAACCGUUUGAUCAUAAACUCAUUGAUAGAGAUAUACCCGAUUUUUUUGACAAUAAUAUUGUGUCGACUGCCGAAAAUAUUGUGGUCUACAUAUGGAAAGCCGUUUCCCAGAGAUUGCCUACAAAUAUUUUAUUACAUAAAAUCAAAUUGUAUGAAACAGAUAAAAAUGUUGUCACCUAUUUUGGCUGAUACUACU